AUGGAGAGGAACGCACGGGAGGCGCAGGAGGAGCGGGAGGCUGCAGCACGAGAGGAGGCCGACACCCAGGCCACCGCGUCAGUGCAGACAGGGGCCCAAGCCGCGGCGAUGGCGCGGGCAGAGGCAGCGACCAAGGCGCAGGCGGAGGCCAAUGCUAAGGCCGCGGAGGACCCAACCGGUAGCGGGAUCCCGGAGGCCGCCAGUCUGGAGCAGCCGGAGCCGCUAGUGGUGGAGGCCCAGGCACCGCCUGGAGCAGUCGGAGCCUACCAGAUGGCGUCGGAGCGGGAGGUUACCGACUCUAUAGUCUUGGAGGCGGAGGUGACCCAGCAUGCGUCGGGUGCUGGCGAACAGAGCGGCGGCUGCCUCGAAGGGCCGGAGAUGCCGCUGGCCAGUGCUGGGCUAGUGACGAGCCAGGCCAUGACAGCGCGCUCCCUCUUGCGCCCGCACCAGGCGCGAGCGGCCUCUGAGCCGAGGCCAGUGGAGACCGGGGCCGCGAGCCCACUGGGAGCCGACACCGGGGCCACGAGCUCCGCCCCGCCUGGCUGGACGUCAGGGGCCAGCACGCUGCCCUGA